AUGGUGCCCGCCCCGUCCACAGGAGAAGGGAACUGGGAACAACGGCCUCUGUCCAUUAACACCCAGGGCUCCGUGCUGAGAACACCUUCUCAGCUGGGAAGCCAGCCAGCCAUGAGGAUCUACUAUCUUCUCUUUGCGUACCUCUUCUUGUUCAUGCUGCCUGUUCCAGGCAAUGGCGGAAUCAUAAGCGGGUUACAAAAGUAUUACUGCAAAAGAAGAAGCGGCCGCUGCCUUCCAAAGGAGGAACAGAUAGGCCGCUGUUCCCGAGUUGCCGAACAUGCUGCCAGAAGAAGAAAUGA